CUAACCCGCUUCAUUUGUAAAUUCCUUUCGCACAUUUACGCUGCAUAUUCCAGCAUGGCUCUGAGAGCAUCACAGUCCCACCCAACCCUCGAAUCCGUGCAUGAUGCAGCACUGCUGCCGGCAGCUCAGUGGAGUUCACUCUUGAAUCGGCGCUGUGGUGAUCACAUUCACUCUUCACUACCAAUCUACACACACUCAUGACCGAGAACGUCGUGCUGAAGCUGAGUUUUUCCGGCGAAACGCACCGUGUGACGGUGCCGCUGCGCGCCGAGGACCCCAAGAAAGACCUGAGCUACGAGCUGGUGCUGGCCAAGGUGCGCGAGACGUUCCCGAGGCUCUCGAACCAGCGCUGGACGCUAGUCUACCGUGACGACGAAGGUGACGUGGUCACUCUCUCACACGCACUCGAGUUCGACGAGGCUUGCCACGUACUGCUGGGGAUGAACCCCGAAGACGUUGACAAGCUCCACACCUUGCACUUCUGCGUGCUACAGCGCGUCUCGUUCCGCGAGAAGGUGGUCGCACCUGUGCUGCAGAAGAUCGUCGAGCUUGCUCGCCUGGCGCGUGAAGCCACUGCCCACCUACGCAAUAGCGAACUGUUGGAAAAGGGCCGCGAGUCGUUCGUUCGGCUCGCUGGCGGCGCCGUAACCCAGGCUGGGGUGGCCAUUAACCACAUCCGCAAGAGCGAGGUGCUGGGUCGUGGACGCGAGUCGCUGGGCAACUCAGCGGCGCAUACACGAACGUUACUGCUGUCCGCUCGCAGCGGGGUAAGCACCCGACUACGGCGAGCUGGCUCAGCCGUUGCGGCUGGCAUCGAACGUCGACGAUCGUCCAGCGGUUCAGUGAACGACUUUGAUCCAACGGACUUUGUCAAGUCUCAACCUGUCGCUGUUUCCUCACCGCCAUCAUCGGAAGUGGCGGUGACGGUGGAUCUGCGCCAAUCCUUUUCAUCUCAGACGCCGCAGACAGAAACUAACGUUGAGGAGAGCGAUGAGGAGCCUCCUGCCCUCGUUCCGGUCGAUACAAUUGAGGCUCAACUUGAGCCACACGUGCGUGAAACGGCCUACGAGUCGGACGCCGACACUUUAUGUGAUGACGACGACGACGGUGAAUGGGACAUCGUCGACACUUCUGCAACUGCUGAAGCCAUUGAGGAGACCGAUAGCGAGUGGACCCGUGAGCUCGAUACGAUCCGGGACAUCCUUGUGCAUCUGGACGAAGAGAUGUGCUGUGAGCUGCUGAGCCAUUACAAUGGUGACGUCGAGGCAGUUCUUGUGGAACUCACCAACAAGUAAAAGAUUAGUUGUCCUCCCUAGUAAUUAGCAAAAUAUAAUUGUGUUCUAUCCUUCGUCAG